ACAGCAAAGACAUCCGGAACGAAACGGUCGCUCGUUUGCUGUGUGUGUGUGCGUGUGUGCAUUCGUAUGCGUAAUCUGCGCACACAAAGGGGAACAGCACAAAGCAAAAACGAAGGGCUGCUGCUGCUGACGAAAGUGACUCGAUCCUGCUGCUGUAGGCGGACACACGGGAGAACUGUGGAGCGAAUUUCGUAGUCGUCGUUGUUGUUGUUUGGUGCAAAUUCGAGUGUGUGUGAAAAACCGUGCCCGUGAAUCAUCAUCAUCGUGUGUUGCGUGAAGAAAACCUUUUAGCAAAACGAGCAUGCAGCAGUGAAAAUUCGGUGCGACGAAGUUUGUCCAUCGCUCGGUCUCUAAUGUAAUAGUAUGGUAUCACGGUUCGAACGCCUAAUGGGGUGCUCCUCUAUCCCGAUAGGAGAGACCUCGCCUGAGACGGUGGCACAAUGCUCAGGCCGGGGCGACUGUCUGAAUGGUACGUGCCUGUGCGAGAUUCGCUACAGUGGCGAAGAAUGUUCCGGCUUUAAUCUACCCUACCAUGCUGGCAUUUCGGCCGUCUUCUACUUCGUGGGCUUUGUGUCGCUGGUGCAGCUGAUGAUCUGUAUCAUCGCCGAGUACCAGCGGCUGAAGCAGCCCAGCUUUCUGGCCGCCUGCCGGCUGACCACCCAGAAGCUGCUGUACUUUUUCGUCUUCAUUGCGGCGGUCCUGCGCGGCGCUUACUUUACCACACCGGAAACGCUACAACCGGCAUGGGUGUCGUAUCUGAUGUCGCUGUACUAUCCGCUCGUCAUGACCUGCGCCUCGCUCGUGGUGUGCCUGUGGGCAGAGAUCUUCCACCUGCAAGGCAUCCGCUGGGAACGGUCCCAAUUUCUGUCGAAAAGCUUUCUCGGCUUUCUGGCCUUCAAUCUGCUCCCGUACAGCCUGUUUCUGGCGGAGAUUGCGUACUCGCACCUGUUCACCGGCCGCAGCACAUCGUUCUUUAACGGAUGCUACGCGGUGCUGCUACUGAUCGUGGUCAUCUUUUUCCUCAUCUACGGUGUCGAAGUGUUCUUCAAGGUUCGUGGCGGCUUCGUGUAUGACUUUGGCGUGGUGCCAAACAGCGAAAAUGUGAACGCUUCCCAGCUGCACCAGUCGCGGUUCGGUUUGCUGAGCCAGGCGAUCAUGAUGAUAGUGAUCGUCGGGUUUCUCACCUCCGAAACAUUGGGCGAUUUCUGGAAAAAGAAGGUACCGGUAUACUCGCGCAACUGGCACGACAUCGUGUUCCGGCUGGCGGAGGUCGGCGUUGCCCUGUGGUUCCCGUGCUGCCUGUGGAACUCGAUGGCACCGGAGCAGCUGUGGAUACUGAACCCGCGCAAGCUGCUGACCCGCCAGAUCGACCCGGUCGCCGGUGGCAGCGGGUGCGGGGCCGGCACCGCCGAAGCACCGGCCGACCCGUCCACCUCCGCCAACGCGGAGGAGGGCCAGUCAUUUUUGGCGAAGAAAGAUUGCUGGAUCUGCUACGACACGGACAAGCCGGAACCGCUGAUACAGCCGUGCAAGUGCAUCGGUGACGUCAGCUCGGUGCACCACGAGUGUUUGCGCCGCUGGCUGGUGGACAGCUGUGCCAACAGUGAUGCGGUGCUGAAGUGCAAAGUGUGCGACUCGCCGUACGAGAUCGAGCGCUCUAACAGGCUCGAUUGGGAGAAGGGUUUCACGAUCCAGCACUGGGCCAAAACGAUCAUCAUCGUGACGCUGAUGUGCAUCACGGGUGCGGGCGCCUGGGUCAUCAUCCAGCUGAACGAGGACUCGUUCGUGCGCGUCCUCGUCGCCGGGUUCGCGAUCAUCAUCGGCUACAUACUGUUCAAAAUGCUCGGCGAAAACACGGUCACCGCGAUCCAGCGGGCGAAGGUGAGCUCGAUCUACAUCGUCACCUCGGUGAAUGAUUUGCAAACUUAGGUGCAGGGGUGGUGAUGUUUUUUUUGAUUCGCCGAAAGACUCAGAAUGAAACUGUGGAACACACAUGUAUUGUGUGAUUGUGGAAUUGCGUGCGUGCGUGCGCAAGAGUAAGUGAGUGAGUGUGCCCGCGAGACGCUGCGCACUUAUGCGCUAUUUACAUUACGUUUGUGUGAGCAAUAGAGAGAGAGAGAGAGAAAGAAGGAGAAAUGAUCUUUCAGUUUGUUGGACGCCAAAAUCGAAAUCGAAGCAAGCGGGUGCAGCGCUUGCAGGCUUUCUAGACAACAACAACAAAAAAAAGCUGCAACGAACGAGUUGCAGACCGCCGCACGUGUUUGACAAGAAACAGGAAAGAGAUUGUUUAAAUCGCACACCCGCUUUAUACCUUUGCGCGCGCGUGUGUGGCUUUUGGUUGCAAGUUGGAACGAGGAACGUUAUUUACUCUGCAUGCUCGGGCCCGACCGAGCAAACUUACACUACAUACACAUAUAUUUACAUCCACACACAUAUAUUUAACCGUACAGCAACAGCGAACCUGCUUCACUGUUGGUGUACCAGGCAUGGCGGUUAUGUUUUUGUUUUUUUUUUUUAAUGCUGUGCGCUUAUGCUAUUUACAUACAAGUAUGUAAGCAGGAAUAAGGUACAACAGCACAGCACCGACACCCACACAUGCCGCCGUAGGCCGGAUACUGCUGAUAUACUCCACGUGUUUUGUGGUCAUCUUUGUCGUCGUCACCACCCGGUGGCUACGUCGGCUGGUUUCGGUCCGUUUCCCUUUGCCCUUUGCCAGAUUCGAUUUCGAUUAGCAUUGCUUUUGGUAUUGGCUUUAAUGUUUUAACAGCAACAAAACACACACACGCAAAAAAACAACAUCCAUGAAACGAUCGAAUCAAAUCAGUUUCAAAUCUAAAAUAACAACUGUUAAACGAAUCAAUCGUGGCAGGAAGGAAGGAGAGAAAAGACCAGCAGACACCAGGUGCAGGAGACGUACAGGGGUGGCACACAACAUGUACCUAGUCUUUCCCAUAAAAAAACACACACACAAAAAACGAAAAAGAAGCAGCCCCAUGUUUGAGCUCCACAUUUGGAAGAUCAAUAAUUUACCAAACAAUUUCCCACCACCACUUCCCGCUUCUUACUCUCCCCGUCGCCCCCCUGUUUUCCCCCUUCGUUAUAGUAAGAAUGACCGUGUGUGUGUGUGUGUGACUUUUUUUUUUAAAUUUACAUACAUAUAUCCAUGCAAGUGAUAUUGAGUUAAUGCGUGAGCGUAUUUUUAAACAAACAAAAAACGAGAAAUACAAAAACAUUAUAAUUGUAAGCAUAUAUAGAAGCAUUAGGUUGGAGUAUGUGUAGCAAAAGAAACAAAAUGUACUACUGGACAAAGUAUGAGGGAAAAAGUGUAGAAAAAAUAGGAAAGGGAUAGAGAGAGCGAUGGCGUAGAAGGAUAAUACAAAAGAUACUUAGAAAGAGGCACGUGCGCAAAGGUCAAUAAGUUUGCUAUAUUGGGAAACACGAUUUAUUUGGCAAAUUCUGCGCAGAAGCGUCGCCAAAAGUUUAGAAAAAAAUAAUGGUUUUGUCACAUAAAACCAAUGAUGAAGGUGUUGUUAUCAGCCCGGUUCGGGGAGAAGAUCACCCCAACCGGCCGAUUAACCCGGAUUCAUUUUAUUUAUUGCAAGUGUGAGUGCUUCUCUUGUUGAUGUCUCACGCCGCCGUGAAAGCAGGAUUGAAAGAUUGUUUGCGUGUGCGUGUCUGUGUCUUUCGUUAGAAUGACUGCAAAGGGCGCAGUGCCGAACAUUAGCACUAGUGAUAUAUGAUUUAGACGUUAAGCAUUUCAUAUUUACCAACCUCUCCCAUCCCUCCCUCCUUCUACCUUUUGUGGGUUUAACGGCUUUAUAGUUUCCUUUAAUAACAGGAUAUUCAUUUACCUACAACACUCAUCAUUAAAGUAAGAUACCGUAAACGGUCAACAGUUAUUGUACACAUGAGCGAAAGGGUGAUGGGGGUUGUGUGUGUGAUGGAACGACAGGAGAAAACAAAACCUGCUCCAUUCUGCUGAUUAAAUUAACGUCUACAACGUGAAGAGCAAAACUUGUUGAAAUGAUGUAGUUAAUACGCGCAAGAGGUUAUUUCAAAAGAAAAGUCACACCAUCAUCUCGCUAAGCUGUAAGUAGAUCAAUUUCGGUACUGAACAAACGAACAAAAAAAAAAAGGAUGUCGUCGAUGUCGAUGCAGAAGAAGAAGAAGGUACUUGAGAUCUCAAACAAUUUCACCAUCUUUGGCAGUCCUCCCCAUUUUAGACACGAUCUUAAAUAAAGUACGGGGCGGGAAUAUCAAGUGGUGAACGACACACACACACACAUAUACACACACAGACAACAAAUGUAUAAGGUUGUGCGCACGAAAAUGAUCCAAACUACUACUGGACUUAGAAAAAAGAAGAAGUAGAAACAGUGAAACAGCGAACGUGUCGUGUAUAGCCGCUUGAGCUGAACUGAUUAGCACAAAUGCAAAAGAGAGAGAGAAAGAGAGAGAGAGAGUAUUUAGUUUACAGCAAAUUCAAAAGCAUUAAGUAAUUGAAGUCCCGGCGAAUGUACGGACGUACUUUUGGAGAACGUACCACUGGAUGGCACAAUGCCCCGGUUCUCCUACGCGAUAGGACAGGCUAUAGGCCAACGAAGAGACAUCCAUCUACUCUAUCCCUCUAUUGCCGCCCCUCUCCCAUCCAUGUGAUGUUUUUUUUCAAUUAUUUGUGUUAUCUUUCCCGGUUGUUUUGUUUGUUUUUUCACCUCUCUGGCUGUAUACUGUAAAUUUUUAAACUAAUGUUUUGUCGUGUAAGAUCCCCUGUAACCGAUUUACCUGCUAAAAAGUGUCAAUUGCGGAGUGUUUCAUUUUUCUAAAAAAACCCGCACUCAAAUGAAGCAGAGUAUAGGAGGUCAGCGUGGCGUCCCAUUUAGUCAUUAUUUUCAAGUGAAUGAAAAAAACAACAACAACCUUUUGUUAAACACAUAUUAAAAAAAGAAAAGAAAACACGAAACAAAUUCAUGUAAAAAAAACAAAGUGAGCAAAAUUAGUUGAUACACAAAAAAGAAAUAUAAGCAGAGGAAGUAUAAGAUGUAAACCAAAAAAACAAAAGAGGAAGAGAAAGCUCUAAACCCCUAAACGAAAGCACUGAAAGAAUUUAUGAAUAAAAGAUGCUAAAACAUAUGUAUUUUCUUGGCAAACAAAAGCAAACACAAAAUCACCGAAAAGGAUAAAGAGAGAAACAAAAAAAAACACACAAACACUUCCCUAAAACACGAAACGCUAGCUUAAGAAGAAGUGAAGCAAUACGAAAUUGAUGAAAACUAAUUGGCUAAUAGGAAGCAAAUGUAAAAAAAAAUGUGUGCAUUAUGAAAAAGAUUGAAGCAAAACAGAGAAGAAAAAAAUAAAUACAAAACCAACAGCCUCAAAGGCGAAGUGUGAAGCACGGACAUUAAAAAACAACAUGUGGAUACGGCGGUAGUAAACAAAAUUAGCUGUUGCUGAGAGACCACCCUAUAAAAGGUGGAACGCUUUCAUAGAGCUCUUUAUGAGGGCUCGAAAUAACUCGCUCUUGAAUUUGACCAUUGCAACAAAUCGGUCGCCCAGAAACAAGCACACACACACAGAGACCCAAGAACAUAUGUACUUUUUGCAGUAGUAAUUUUAGUGGCAAAAAAUAGUGGCAAAACAAAAACAACAACAACAACAAUUAAAAACUGUUGUACUGUCGAGAUCGCAUUAAUCUUAAUUGGAAGAGAAACUGUAAUUAUAAUCGAUGCAAGCAAGAAAACAGAGUGAAAAUAUAAUAUAAAUGAAAUGAUCCAAUGAAAACACAA